AUGUGGAACCUUCCAGGAUUCUCCAAGACUGUCAAAGACGAGGAAAAAGAAAAGAGCAUGAGGAGAAUCUUCCAUCUCUUCCCCAAAAGAAAAAGAUCCCUUCGAGUACCCUCCAAGAAAACACUCUCUCCACCUCAUGUCUCCUCCUCAAUACUCCCCAUAAAGAAACGACCUGUUCUCUACACCACCACGCCUCCCAAAUGGAUCCGCCGCUUGAAGAAAGACAUGAACAUAGCCGACGAUCCCAUCCUCAUCGCAGGGAAGCCUCUUGACCUCAACGACGUGGAUCCAGACCUAAACCGUCUCUCUAUCCCUUCCCAGACCCUACAGAGAAACGACUUCUUGACGUCUGACGAGGGGAGGAUUCUCGGAGACGAAGGCGUUGAUAACGAUGGGAGGAUGGGUUUGCCUGCGUUUCUCGUUGAUCAAAGGACUAAACGGUGGAACGUGGUCUUGAAGAAAUGGGUUCGUACGUGUGAUUCAGGGAAAGUCCUCCAGAAUUUUCUGUUGAGUGGUGAUUGGAGUGGCGUCGUUGAGGCUAAUGGGUUGAAAGAAGAGGACAACGUCAGUCUCUGGUUUUUCAGGCUCAAUGGGUUCCUCUUCUUUGCUCUUGACUUGAAGGUGACUCCAUUGACUUCUUAG